CGCGAGGUUGCCGCGCAGUGCUUCGCCGGCCGCUAAUGUGUAUGCGCGCGCACAUACGGAGGCUUUAGAGCGCGGGACCACCGUGGACUUGUUUUAUCACCUGCGGCAUUUAUGACAACAUUAAUAUGAUUAAAUAAUUUUUCAGUGAUAUAUUCAAUAUACAUAUAUCGAUAGAACGGUCUAAGUAUCUUUCGGAAGCAUUUUCGUUAACUGCAUAGUGCUAAGUGUUUGUGCAGGCAAAAUAGCAUGUUUCUUGUGGACUUGUAUUAGAUUUGAAGUUAUAGUAAUGGCGAGUUUUGAGGACCUCUCCUACGACUGGUCAACGCUUUGCCAGGACUGUCCCGAGUGUUGGACGGCGUCAGAUUUGCAGCUAGCGGCUGAACUCGGAAAGACACUUUUGGAACGAAACAAAGAAUUAGAAACUGCGUUACGUCAACACCAAAAUGUUAUUGAAGAUCAAGCACAAGAAAUCGAAUACCUAACGAAGCAGACAGUAGCAUUGCGCGAAGUAAAUGACUCAAGACUGCGAAUAUACGAGCAACUAGAAGUGAGCAUCCAAGAUUUGGAGCGCGCAAAUCACAGGCUAGCCGUCGACCAUUCUGCCGACAAGAAGCAUAUUAAGACAUUAUGCAGCAACAUUGAAGGUUUAGAAAACAAAUGCGAAGAACUCCAAAAAACCGUAGACAAUUUGAAUGCCCAAUUAGAAAUCGUGCGACGGCGUGCGGAACGAAAACCUGAAAAUGAAAAACCCAAAGAAAAAGAACAAAAGCCUGCGGAGGUAACAAUAUCCAACAAUAAGAAUGUUAAUAUUACACCACAAAAAUCAAUAGCACCUCUUCCUGAACUAACAAAAGAGGAUGAAGACUUAUUGAGGCUAAGUGAUGAGUUAAGAGAAAAUAAAGUCGCAUUCGCUCAAGAACAAAGAAGAGUAACCGAGCUAGAAGAACAAUUAGCAUCGGUGAUACAAGAGAAUAAUAGACUGCAAGAACAGCUUCGAAAUUGGCAUCAAAGAGAUGACGAACCUAAAUCAAUGCAUGAAGAAUUCUCAAUCCUUGAAGAAGUUAGACAAGGCCAGCUUUGUAUCAGAUGUCUUAGAGGAAUGGAACGUGACGAUAUGUCUUCCAUUCUCGAUGGGGACGACGAUGAUAGAAGCGCUAUCAGUUCCCUUAUCCUUACCCCUGGUCAACAAAGUCCAAGAGAAGAUCACGUCACCAAUAAACUUGUCAAAUUCGACAAUGCUAAGGAAAAGCUACUCCAAGGUAUAUGGGCUAACAAAGAAGAUGGGCAUGAUAACCCAUACAGAGAGCUGGUACAGAAAUACGAAGCUCUGCUUGAAGUUCAAUUAUCACAGGUGAAAAACAUAAGAAAGAACAAAUCAAAUUCAUUUCCCAGCGCACAAACUCAAUCCGGGCCUAUCUCACUUCAAGACGAAUUGCAAACAUCUGGUGACUAUACCCAAUUUAGCGUCAAAGACACAGAUGAAGAGAGUGGGCACGGAGAAGAAGCACAGAAAGACAACAUGCAAAAGAAAGUCGAGUCAACAUCUCGCAAGAAGAUCAUCCAAACUCCUGACUUUUCUGAAGCAGAAACGUCAAGUUCCGGCUUCUCAGAUGAAACCAGUAAUAAAGCCACUCAGACAGAACGCGAGAGGCCUGGUUCCUUUUUAUGUACGAUUGCAGAUGGUGAAGACUACCGCUUCAGCAUUUAUGAUGAUGCUAGUCCAAUGGACAGCCGUUUCCGCAACAGGCCUGAAUAUCGUGAAUUGUUCAAGGAAAUAUUUACUAUUUUGAAAAAGGCGGCUGAAAAUAAAGACGACGGAGAACAGCUACCAUUACUUGAUGAUACAACUAUAGGAAAAGUACCACCAGUGACCCCUGCUACGGAGGAACUUCCCGGCAACUUAACUGAUGAUACACAAAGCGUAUUGUCGUCUGUAAUGUCUGAACAAUCGAUUCCAGUAUCUGAUAUUACUGCUCCGGAUACGCCUACACUCAAAGAAAAGGAACAACCUAUUCCUGAGCCUGUGAAAAAGCCUGAAGGUAAACGGAACAAAACGGAAAAUAAAAAAGAAAAACCUGUAGUUGAGAAUGUCAGCGAAAAACCAAAGGAUACUGAAAAGGAAAGAGAGAAAGAAAAAGAAGAGGAAGAAGAGAAAGAAAAGGAAAAAGCGAAAGAAAAGGAAAAAGAAAAAGAGCAAGAUAAGGAACGUGUUCUGACACCGCUGGUGCGCCAACCAUUAGAGUACAUUGCAGCUACUAGAAAGAAGUCCAGACAUCGCAACCGCAAACACAGCCAAGAUCGACAAGGAGCUGACUCUCCCGUGUUCCCAUCGCCACCUAAAAUUACAUACCAGAAGUCUUCGAACAAAAAGAGACGAGACUACAGGCCUAUCGAAAUAAGCCCACUUGUGAAAACGUCUGAAGCUGAAUGGAAUGGAUCUACUCUUCAAUUCUACAAUAGAAACUUGAAUUCCCCUACACCCAGUGUAAGCGGCCGGACGGGCAAAAUCUACCAAGGCUGGAACUCGGAAACUGAUUCUUGGGAUAUCAAACAAAGUACUGCAUCUCAGGAGAUACACAAAUUGAGGAAACUGGAACUUUCCUACGCCGAAGUACUGCGAAAUGCUGAUAAAACAAAAAAUAGGCGUAAGAAACACCAAUGAACGUGUUUUAUAUUUAUUCAUCGACCCCUUUCGUUAUCAUGCGAAAGUCGAGUGAUCAACCGCCAUUUGUCUUCGCCAACUGGACAUAAUUUUAGUUUUAAAGGUUUUGUGAUCUGCUAGCGUUACUUUUUAAUUUUUACAAUAAACCAUUAUCGGUUGCCAUAUCUGUUCUGAUAUAGUUCAUUCUAUAGUAUAUUUAUCAUACAUAAACUGCAUUAUCCCAUCAAAAAUAGUCCAAGAUCUAAUUUAUUAUAUUGUAACACAAAUAUUCUCUCCCUCCGAUAUAAAAAAUAGAGUAACGUUUUUCUUCAUAAAAUUAAUUAUGCAUUUAUAAAACAGACGAAAGUAUAUAAUGGCUUAAUUUGAACAUUAUAAAUAUUGAUUAUUCGCAUUCGAAUUUUAUACUUGAACAAUUUAAACUGAAUGAGUUUUAUCGUUUAACUUUAUUCCAUUAACAUUUCAGUCACUAUUUUUAUUGUAUAUUAUGUAUUUGAAUUAUGAACUUUAAUUUGUAAAUAUUUCUUUAAGUUAAUUUUAUAAUUUAAUUUGCCAUGGUAUCUGCGAGUACUUCAAUUCAUUGUGGAAUUGUAUGCUGAAAUUUAUUUAAUGUGGAUGGAGAGGUCGAAGGUAUGAAAUAAAAAUUUGCAUUAAAUAUUA